AUGUCGGACUACGAGGAGGCUUUUAACGAUAAUCCCGAGCAUUUCGAAGAUUUCGAUCAAGAGCACUUUUCCGAUGAUGGAUUCGGCCAACAACCUGACUUACAAGAUGGUGAGAAUGCUGAUGCUAAUGGGAAGGUAGUUGUAGGUAGUGGCUUUGGGCCCGAGGAGUUUCAGCAGCAGGAGCAGCAAAGAAGAAGAACUCUAAAGGAAAAAGCUAUCCCAAAGAAAGACAGAACCACCACACCAUAUAUGACGAAAUACGAGAGGGCAAGAAUCCUGGGUACUAGAGCUCUUCAAAUAUCGAUGAAUGCACCGGUUUUUGUGGAUCUUGAAGGUGAAACCGACCCUAUGCGUAUCGCUAUGAAGGAACUUGCAGAAAAGAAAAUACCGCUCGUGAUCAGAAGAUACUUACCAGAUGGUUCUUUUGAGGACUGGUCAGUAGAAGAAUUGAUUGUGGACUUGUAA